AUGAGCGACGAGAUGAUGGAAGGUAAAUCCGGCUCCAGCUGCCUCCUGGCCACCUCGGAAUCCGACGGGUGGGAUGGACGGGCAAAUAUGCCUUGGAAUGUCAGCCCUUCGCAUGGGCAUUCACUCACUCCUCCGGGGAUCGAUGCCCAGUCAAGGGACUCUUCUCCUCCUUACUUUUCCGCUCCUCGACCAGCUGCCAUAGGCACUGCAGUAAAAUCGUCAGCUCAGAGGGCUUUCUUUACACAAUCCGAUCCCCAGUCGGUUGCUGUGAGUUCUGUGGGCACACCGUCAGGAUCUACUGGAUAUAUGGACCAUAACACCCCUCCACGAAAUAUCAAUCCCGCCGCAUUCAAGAAUUCCAACCUUGGAGCCAGAUUUGGAAGCGGAGCGACACUUCCUCUGACUAGCAGCGAUAUGGGUUCAUCUGAUAAUCUUAAUGGCUCACUCGGGUUUCGCCCUUUCCAAGCAGCCAACGUUGGCCUAGCUGGGAAGUCUACAGGGCCUUAUACACAUCUGUCCCGUAAUUCUAUGGGUUCGUUUUCACAGCGUCCUGCACAUUCGUCACAUUCCUCCUUUCAUUCGGAUUCCGAUGGUAACGAUAUCAGAGAGCCACGAGCGCGUUAUGACAUUGCGCAUGAAUUCUCGAAACUAGGCCUUGAAGGCAAUUCCUACGUUCUUCAUUCCCACUCGAACUCACACCGCUCGGCCUACAUGGGCCCCUCAUUCGACGGAUCUGUCCCGCAUUUCAAAUCUCCCUUUGGAGAUGAAGUGUCUGGGUCUGUUCUCAGAGCAUACAGCCCCGAACCGUUUUCGGACAUGUCUGCGUACCAAAGUAUCCCCAGGUCCCGCCAUGAAGAGAGAGGCAUGGGCUCUCCGUCCCUGAACGACUACGUUAGAAAUACGAACAAAGGCUUUUAUUCCGCUAACGGAACACCUCCAGCCGCCCCACGCCUUGUUAUAUCACCGGGAAACCGGCUUGCUGGCCACCUUGCAGAUGAGCAGACGGAACUUCUGGAUAGGAAGCUACGGAGCUUGCAGCAUGAGCAGCAAGAAUAUCUUCAGUCGGCGAGUCCGAUCUCGAGCCGCAGAGCUCUGCAGCAGGCCCAGGGAUACGGUCUUUCGAGUUAUCAUGCCGCCCAAAUCAAUCAGGUUGGCAAUCCAUAUGCGAUGGGGACGUUCUCUGGUCUUCCCACUGUUGUUGCACGGAACCAGUACCGUGAGCAAGAUGCUUCGCAGUCGUUACGCAGCCCUCUGUUGGAAGAAUUUAGAGCCAACAAUAAGGGAACCAAGCGAUAUGAACUCAAGGUUGGUUACAAUGCGACCGAUAUCUAUAACCAUAUUGUCGAGUUCAGCGGUGACCAGCACGGCUCUCGAUUUAUCCAGCAGAAACUGGAGACUGCCAACAGCGAUGAAAAGGAGCGCGUUUUCCAGGAGAUCAAACCCAACGCUAUACAGCUCAUGAUGGAUGUGUUUGGAAACUAUGUCAUCCAAAAGCUUUUCGAACACGGAAACCAAGCACAGAAGAAGGCAUUGGCCCAGCAGAUGAUGGGUCAUAUUCUAAACCUUUCAACCCAGAUGUACGGAUGUCGGGUCGUGCAAAAGGCGUUGGAGCAUGUGCUCCUCGACCAACAAGCUGCAAUGGUCAAAGAACUGGAGAACCAGGUUAUCAAGUGUGUUAAGGACCAAAACGGCAACCAUGUCAUCCAGAAGGCCAUCGAGCGAGUGCCCCAGGCUCACAUUCAAUUCAUCAUCAACGACUUCAGUGGCCAAAUCCAACGCUGGGCGGUGCAUUCUUAUGGCUGUCGGGUCAUUCAACGGAUGCUUGAACAUUGCAAUGAAGCGGAUCGUGACGCUAUCCUUGCAGAACUUCAUCUAUGCAGUGCUAGCCUUAUCCCAGACCAGUUUGGCAACUAUGUGAUUCAGCAUGUGAUCGAAAACGGGCGGGAGAGAGAUAGAUCCCAGAUGAUUGCCGUUGUGAUUUCGCAACUUGUCUUGUUUUCGAAGCACAAGUUUGCUAGCAACGUCGUUGAGAAGACCCUUGAAUAUGGUGGGCCAAAUGAUCGCUCGGAGAUCUUGCGUAUAUUUACUACUCCAAACGAGAGGGGAGAAUCGCCGCUGGAGGGGCUCAUGAAGGAUCAAUUUGGUAAUUAUGUUAUUCAGAAAGUCCUCCAAGUCUUGAAAGGAGAUGAGUACCAAACGUUGGUCGAUAAAAUUGUUCCACUGCUAUCCCAUCUGAAGAAACAUAGCCACGGCAAGCAGAUUGCGGCGAUUGAGAAACACUUAGCCAAACCGACACCCCCAACUUCCUCGACGACUUCCGAGGGCAAUCAUCUGUGCCGUGGAAAUGAAGUCGACUCAUCUUACGAGGACAACGGUCUAUCUACCGGAGGCACUCCUAGCUCUCGUGGUAGUACUGCCUCAAGCACCAAUACGAGCAUCGACCCAGCAGAUAUUGCUGAGAACAAAUCGGCCCCAGCACCCAGCACACAUUCUUCGCGAUCAGCCUAAAGAAUUCCAGUUCACAACACUGGGCCCCAUUCUUAGGGCUCCUUUUUUUUACUCCUCUGUCACGUUUCCGAGGCUUUUUCUUACAUGCCACAUACCAUUAUUGAUUUAAUAGGCUCAAGACUUUGAUGAUCAGUUGAGUACAUAUACUCUUGAUAAAAAUUUUGC